UAAAAUAGUUGUACGACUGUUUUCAAACUUUGGGCACCUUCAAAACUGCAGUAGAAGAGGUUUGUAAUAGGUUUAUAAAUUUAAAAAUCAAACACCGAAAGUCCGCCCCGAAUACUGCAACUCAAACCACCCUACUGCCCUUGGUAAUGCAAUCCUGUACGUGCAACCGUCGUGAAGCCAUCGUGGCGAACAAACUCGACCGGCACAUAGCAUAUGCUGCGCCAUCGCUGUGUGCGUGUAUUGCAGUGCAAAACGGUGACAGACCCGGCUGUCGGUUGCUUUUUCGAAUUCUACACAACCCCCUACGGUGGUGCAUGGCAGUGUGGUAGAAUGCUUGCUCCACCCGGGUCCCUAAGGGUGGAAAAGAAAUGGUGCACGCACGCUCGUACUGAAAUCGGACAACUACACCGAAACGGGAUGACCUACACAGGUGUGGACCGGCCCGCUCCGCACUAAGAAGCCGGUGACCGGUCGCUGCCAGCCGGACGAGGCGACGACGGCGGCGGCGAUCGGGAGCGGAAAGAAAAACCCGUUUCAAGGCAAGCCAUCGUAUGUGCGGUGUUGGUGUUGGUGGCUCGGCGUGCAAGCGAGCGAGCGAACCUGAACCGUGCCGAGCGAGAGAGCCCUGAACGUCUUGGGUUGCGUGGAGAGCGAACCGCGAGCUUUUUGGCCUUUCAACCGAAUCGCUUAGUCAGUCGCUGAAAGAUCGUUGCCGCGGAAGCUUUGGGGUCGAUCGCGAGCGUCACGCGAGAGGAGACGCAUUCCGCACGCCGGUUGUGCAGUGUUCCGUAUCGUAUCAGAUUUUGCAAAUCACUUCCGGCGACCGUCCUCCGAGUGUGUGUGCGUGUGUAUGGUGUUUGUGUGUGAUUUCUGAAAAAAAUGCACCAGAUAACGGCACUGCAUAAUGGUGCAUCGCGGCCCGCCGUAGUAGUUCUGUAUGCUCGUGGAUAGCGCCCACCAGGAUGACGCAGCUGCCCCACUGUUAACGUGUGCAAUUUUCAUUCGGGUGUGUUUGUGUGCGUUUGGUGUAUGUGUGAUUUUUCCCAGUGUCCGCAACUGUUCACGGCUGGUGCGUUUGCAGGCAAUGCAGCGUGACCGCAACCGAUCGUCUACCUGCUGAUGUCCUUUUUUGUUGGCCUUGAGUACGCGAAAACGCGAAAAUUUGCAGAAAUCUAUUCACCGCCGGUUGGAUUGCUGCAAGAACACAUUGCGUGGCGAAUAGCUGCGUAAAGAUAGUGAUCGAAACGAGCAGAAAAAAUAGCAAAAAAGCAGCAAAAAUUGUGAGCACAGUGAGCACGUCAAACCAUCAACGACAGAAUGGAGCCGGACGAACUAAUCACGGUUCGAGUGCAAUACCUCGUAGACAGUGACCCGUUCAACAGUCUGUCAAUGUAUCCGAUUCCGUCGCGGGCUCCAGUUUUUUCGUUCGCCAGUGGUGUGCCCUUGGCUACACAGCUUGGCGCUCUGCUGCGGCAUCUUGGCGCUCCGCAAAGGCUCGACGAUGCCGCGCUCCAAGUGUACAAGGACGGAGACUAUGGAGCGUACCUCGAUCUGGAGUCAUCGCUGGCCGAACAAUCGGAAGACAUCGAGGGUCUCAACUCGAACCGCAAAAACUCGCUGGUCGUCCGUACGCAGCUCAGUGUCCGAGUUCACUCCAUUAUCGAAAAGCUUCUUUCCUCCGAAGGCCGCGAACUGCGACGGGUGCUGUUUUCGCUGAAACAGAUCUUCCAGGAGGACAAGGAUCUGGUGCACGGGUUCGUGGCACACGGUGGCCUUAACUGUCUGGUGCAGAUCGGUAGCGAGGCGGACCAGAACUACCAGAACUACAUCCUGCGCGCUCUCGGACAGGUGAUGCUGUACGUGGACGGUAUGAACGGUGUGAUGAAGCAUUCGCCGACAAUCCAGUGGCUGUACUCGUUGAUCGCUUCCCGCUAUCGGUUGGUGGUGAAGACGGCCCUGAAGCUGUUGCUGGUGUUUGUGGAGUACUGCGAGGGCAACUGCUAUCUGCUCGUUAGUGCCAUCCGGUUCAUGGAUACGGCACGGGCAGUGGUCCCAUGGAACAACAUCAUGCGGUUACUCAAAGACUAUGAGAAUGCUGACACCGAACUGUUGAUCUACGCUACAUCCCUUAUCAACAAAACCCUGUCGGGAUUAAGCGAUCAGGACAGUUUCUACGACGAGAGUGACUUCCUGGAGCAGCAAGGCAUGGAGGGCAUCAUCCAGCGGUACAUGUCCCGCCCGGGCACGGAUCUUGAUCUACUCGAUCAGCUGCAGCUGUACGAAAACGUCCUACGUUUCGAGGACGGUGAGUGUGAUGGUAUACGCAUACCGGACAAUACUGUCCGCAAGACGCUUCGGUAUCGUUCCACCGGCAACGAUACGACUGAUCGACGAAAAUCGCGUCGACACAGCACGGGUACUGCUCCACCUCCACCUCCCUCAGUUGCUCCUCCGCCCCCACCUCCCCCACCGCCACCACCUCCUUUGCCCGCCUUCCCCAUGUAUGCGGCACCACCCAGUGGUCCUCCACCACCACCUCCGCCACCGCUACCCCCACCAAUAGCACCGGUACAGCUGUACGGUGGGCUGCAGCUGCCCGGACAGCAGCGUCAACAGGACGAGGACAGUUCUAGCUCGGCGCACAGCGGUGAUCAUCUGCCGGGAGCCGGUUAUCACGAUCCGUCUCGCGAUACUACAGGUGUAACGCCGGGAUUGCGUCGACGACGGGAACGUGCCGAGCGACAGAAGAACCUUCUACGUGAACAGCAAGAGCUUGGCCAGUUCCAGAACGGAUGUAUUCCUACGGCAGAAGACGCGAACAAUGUCACCAAUGGAUACUCUACGGCACACUGGAACGGAGGAUUCUACCGCAGAUCCAGUGGACUUACUAACGGCAAUGGCACUGGAACGUCUACCAACUCCUUGCUGCUAACACCGCCAACCAUCCACGAAGAAGACAAACUUCAGCUGCGGCUGAACGGCGGCCUAACCUCGUCUGUGAUUUUGCACAAGCAACAACCCCCUAAUCAUUCCGAGCACACAAACGGUAUCGUUCAGACUAAUGGGAACGGCACGACCAAUGGCGCAUCUCCACUGGACAGUGUGGAGUAUCGCAACAGUCGCAAUCUGCUGCUCAACAAGCACGGCAUCAGUGGAACUAACGGUACGGCCACCGAUCGCUACAAGGUAGAUCUCAAUGGCAAUAGCGUAAGAAGUGCGCGCGGUGGAGCCAGCAUACUGGCGGAACCGGACGCCGAGAACAAGAGUCCCAACAUUAAGACACAGAUGAGUCUCUCGGCGUACGGGAAGCAGCUAACAAACGGUAAGGAUUCCUCAGACUCGAGCUAUCAACGGCGAUCCGCUACAAACGCGGGCUACGAACGGACGAAUGGCACCGUGAACGGAACGCAUGCCGAGACGAAGAGUCAAGAUCUCCCGCCGGUUCAAGCAGAAUCGGACAACGAAGAUAAGAAACUGAUCCUCCAGCUGAAGAAGGACCACACGGUGAAGGAUCUGACCCAGAAGCUCAGCUGUCUGCCGCUAAGCCCGCAGGAGGAAAAGCCUCAGAACCGUAUCGGUGACAUGUCGGGUCUGAUUUCCAAGGCCAAGGAAGGUUUGGCCAAGAGCAAAAGCAACAAGGACAUCUCGCGAUCGCCCAGCGUGGACAAUGACAUCAAGAAGUUGGCCAACGGCGAGCCGAAGAAAUCGGAAAACGAGCUUCACUGGGAAGAGAUUGUCAAGAACAUGACGCGCAAGCUAAGCCUCUGCGAUCUCGACUUUACGGAUCUCACGUCGGACGACGAUAAGGAUUUGCUGGCUCCGCGUGGCUUUGGUGGUGCGGUGCCACCACCACCACCUCCGGGCGGUAUGCUGAUGAACGGAAUGCCACCUCCACCGAGCAUGAUGCGUCCGCCACCAACUAACCUUGUGCCACUGCCGGGUAACAUGCUCAACGGAAACGGCAUGGGCCAACUGAACAGCUUGGACGGUUCGGCCACUAUUAAGAAAAACAAAAAGACUGUGAAACUGUUCUGGAAGGAGGUGCGCGACGACAUGAUUCCGGCGAUGAUUCAACGCACCAUCUGGGAUGAGCUGCCGGAAGCGAUAGUCGACACCCAGAAGCUGGAGCAUCUGUUCGAGUCCCGAGCCAAAGAUUUGAUGACCAAGGAGAAGCAACAGGAGCUGAACAAGAACAAGGAAAUCAUCGUCCUGGACCAUAAGCGCUCGAACGCGAUCAACAUCGCCAUGACGAAGCUGCCUCCCCCGAGAGCCAUUAAGGCGGCCAUUCUGAAGAUGGACUCGACGGUCGUGACACGCGAAGGCAUCGACAAGCUGCUGAACAUGCUGCCGUCGGACGAGGAGCGAUGCAAAAUUCAGGAGGCUCAGAUGCUGAACCCCGAGCUGCCGCUCGGUACGGCCGAACAGUUUCUGCUGACGCUGUCCUCCAUCUCGGAGCUGGGCGCCCGGUUAAAGCUGUGGGCGUUCAAGCUGGACUUUGAGAACAUCGAGAAGGAAAUAGCGGAACCGCUGAACGAUCUGAAGCAGGGCAUCGAGCUGCUCAAGUCUAAUCUCACGUUCAAGUGCAUCCUCUCGACGCUGCUGAACAUUGGCAUCUUUCUGAACGGCGCGCCGGUAAAGGGGUUCCAGAUCGAUUAUCUGGCCAAGGUGCCGGAGGUGAAGGACACCGUGCACAAGCACUCGCUGCUGCACCACCUCUGCCACAUGGUGAUGGAAUCGCAGGCCAACACGACGGAUCUGUACUCCGAGAUUGGGCCGAUCACGCGCGCCUCCAAGGCCGACUUUAACGAGCUGGCCCACAACAUUGUCUACCUGGAGACGGAGUGCAAGGCGUCCUGGGACCGGUUGAAGCUAAUCGGCAAACACGACACGGCGCCGCAUCUGAAGCAGAAGCUGAUCGAUUUCCUGGCCGACUGUGCCGAACGCAUUAUCAUCCUGGACAUUGUGCACCGACGGGUACUCAACAGGUAUCGGAAGUUCCUGCUCUGGCUCGGUGUGCCCCAGCUGCGCAUCGCCGAAUCACGUCCCAAUGAGUUCUGCCGGAUCGUGUCCGAGUUUGCGCUCGAGUACCGGACGACGCGCGAACGUGUCCAGCAGCAGAUCGAGAAGAAGGCCAACCAUCGAGAGAGAAACAAGACUAGAGGCAAGCUGAUAGUGGACGUUGCCAAAUUCAAAACCCAGGAAGAUCGAGCUGAUGACGAACUGCGCACUCUGCUUGGCACGCCUACCAAGGGCCCCGGUGGCGAGGAGGUAGAGAUGAGUGGUACCUUAACCUGGCGCCGGCGUCGCGGUGAUGCGACUGCAUCUCCGGUAACGCUCAUGAACUCGGCACACCCAACCGUACCUAGCCCCGGUCACAACUCCAUCUCGGUGAUCGGUGGCCGGGACGAAAGCUUCACCGACGGAGAUGACGAGAUACUGGAGUCGUUGGUGAAAACAGCCACCAAAACGGCCACCCCACGUCCGACGCAAAGGGAGCGGAAGCGAACACGCCAGGCAGAUCGGAAAUCAUUACGACGCACGUUGAAGAACGGAUUAUCGGAGGAGGAAAAGCAACAUGUGGCCUCGUUAAUAAAAGGAUAUUGAAUUCGGGCCGCAUCAUCACCCGCUCGCUGGGGGAGGUCCUGGUAUGGAAGGGCAAACGGCGGACGGACGAAACCAACGCGAAGGACAUUUGUGCUUUGCGGCUAUAGUCCGUGUGGCUAGACAAGGACAGUGAAGUUUUGAUAGCGAUACCAGUGAGAAAAGUGCCAGCCCGGCCAAGUAAAUGAUGUUACGCCACGAUCGAUACGCCUCAUUCAACAUUCUGUUCCGCAUGAAAAAAUUCCAAUGGGAUGGGAUCAGUUCGGGCAGCUCGCCGUGUUCACCACGGCGCGUGAAACGGAUCACUUUAUGUCACUACCAAAAUCUGCAUCCGAAGCAAACAUUAGCUAGGCUAAAUAGGAAAACGAGCAGCAUUGCACUAUAUUGCUUCAAGGCGCCGGGACAAAAAGCUUCGGCCGAUCAAAGAUAGAAUAGGGGAAAGAAACGUUAGGCCUCCUAAAGACCGCCUUAAUAGCAGUGACCGUAUUAAAAGAAAUUAAAAAAAAAACACACCUACUGCUGUUACAUCGCCAAUGUGAUACGAAAAACAAAGGUACGAACGAUACUUUUAACGAACAAAAGACUCAAUCCUUAAGAAAAUCAAAGAAUAAUCGGAGAAAAGCCCCAUGCGUCGAAACUACAGCAGACCAACUAGCAUUGAUGGCAGAGAGCGAUAGAGAGAGCUAUAGGGAGCGAGAGUACAGUGUACAGAAAAAAAAGAGUUUUUUUUACUUAAUUCACUUAGAAAAACAGAUAUAACAAUUAUUCAAUUCGGAAUACGACAACGACAGGUUCGAUACGUCGGGCAAAUGUACUGGACGCUUAUACAAUACGCAAACGUGUGCUUUCACGGGCAAGAUCAUUUUCUGCACCGUGGAACUACACAUGUAAGCAAUAUUAAUAAAUUAUAGACCAUUCAAGAUGCGUUUUGA